AUGGUGGUAGACUACAAACAGUUUGUGACGGGAUCAGCCAACAUGACCAAGCUUCUUCAUAUUGUGGAGCAAAUUCCGUAUUUCCCUAUAAUUUUCAACAAAAGUGGUGGAAAUGAGAACGUCAGGAAAUAUGGAGACUGGUUCUCUUACAACGGAAGUCCUCGAGCUAGAAUCUUCAAGAGAGAUAAUACUAAGGUCACUGACCUUAAAUCUAUGAUGAGCUUGAUGAGGUAUAAUGAUUUUACUCAUGACCCAUUAUCUCGGUGCAACUGUACUCCGCCCUACAGUGGAGAAAAUUCUAUUUCUGCUCGCUGUGACCUGAACCCAGCCAAUGGAACCUACCCGUUUGGAGCCCUGGGUCACAGAUCACAUGGUGGCACUGAUAUGAAGGUCACUACUUUGUACUCCAUUUCACUCAUUCAACUAACAAACAGCGCAAUGUUCAAGGCGAUGCAGUUUGUGGCCAUCAGUGGACCUACAUAUGAUCAGUUCGCUCCCUUCCAAUGGAGCACGUCGGACUUCAAAGACAACACUCCACACAUGGGACACCCAGAUAUGUUCAAAUUCGACCCAGUUGUGUUUGACGGAACCACAGAUUUCAAACCAUUCCAGAGAUAA